AUGGAGAAAUCAAGAAACUUCAGAAUCGACGCACUGCUCGCUGACGAGACGAACCGGAGCAGCAGAGAGCUCUCCCCGGGUCUGAGCAGCGACAGCCCCGCAGGAAGCCCGCUCUCCUGCCGCCGCGCUGACACCCCGUCUCCGCGGGCCGCCGUGCAGCUCCAGACCGGAAUAAUCCACAAACCUGGCGUGCUAAAUCUCCCACAUCCAGGACUCGCUGCAAUCCCUGGCAUGUAUCCCGCACCCAUGUAUCCACUCUCGGCGCUGGGUGGCCAGCACCCCGCGUUUGCGUACACCGGGUUCACUCAGCUGACGCAGACCUACCCGGAGCACCUGAAGGCGGCGGCCAUGGCGGGGUCUCUGCCGCUGGAGCACUGGAUCCGGGCCGGGAUCAUGAUGCCCAGACUGCCAGAUUACAGCUGUGAGUACAGAUGUGGUCAGAUAAGGGUUUCGGGCCCUCAGUCUGGUCUGCUUGGGAAGUGUCGGAGGCCCCGCACCGCCUUCACCAGUCAGCAGCUGCUGGAGCUGGAGAACCAGUUUAAGCUCAACAAGUACCUGUCCAGACCCAAACGCUUCGAGGUGGCCACUUCCCUCAUGCUGACUGAGACACAGGUGAAGAUCUGGUUUCAGAAUCGGAGGAUGAAGUGGAAACGCAGCAGGAAGGCGAAGGAGCAGGCGACCACCUCAGCUCAGUCCGAGGUUCAGAGACUACGCAAUGGAGGAAAAACUACCUCAGACAAAUGUGACGAGAGCAGACGAGCUGUGAAUCCAGAGGACGGGGGGAUAGACCUGGAUCUUGAUGAUGGAGAUGAAGAGGAUGAGGAGGAAGAGGAAGCAGACGAGGUGGAAACUCAGAGUGGUUUUCCUGUUUCUUUGGGGAACGGGGUUGGGAUGCCACGAUCCACAGACUUCCUGCAGCGCAGCACAGAUGUUGGCUACAAUCCCAACAGCCCCUUUUCUGAUGACGAUCUGGAUGGGGUGCAGGUUGGAGACAGGAAGAUCGGGGCCGGACUGUGA